CUAUAGCAUUUUCCUCGAAUUCUGCAACUAUAGCUGGAUUUUGUUUCUAUAUAUGCUGCGGCAAACUGCGGGGCAGAAAUAUUUGUUCCAGUGGAGAAAAAUAAAAUUUUCAGUCUUUCUAACAACUCUAGUAAUGUUAUGGACCUUUGGCAUUGGAAUGCUGACAAUGAACACUUUUCAAAGUCUUCUUGUCACAAAAUUGACUCUCAGGAAAUCAAAACCACUGGUGGAUAGUAUUGAAGAUAUUUCAAAACGUGAAGACAUUCAGCCAAUCGUGCCAAGAGAGAUACAAAUAGACCAUGUACUUCAGAAUUCUGGAAUACCUGCAUAUGAAAAAGCCUGGGAAAGGAUCAACAAUAAAUUCGUCCCGAUGGAGCAAGUGUUUGCUUUCCAGAAUUUACUUAUUGUCCAAAAAGGAAAAACAUGCAUAAUUCAUGGGCAUUUGAUAAUAAAGGAUCGACUGAGCACCUUUUUCAAAAAGACUGGCUCUUGCAACAUGCACUUGUCAAGCAAUUAUUUUUAUCCAUUCUCGCUGCCAUUUGCAUUGAAAAGAAAUCUGCCUCAACUAUUCCUGCAUAAAUUCAACUUGGGAAUAACACGUUUAGUAGAUGCAGAUAUAUCAGGAAAAUGGUUCAAAGCAGCACUCAAAGAAGCCACUCUCUGCACCAGUUAUACAGCAAAUCAUGUGAAACCCCUAGGACUGGGGAACUUGCAUGGCGUUUUGCUGCUAUGGGGUUUUGGAUUAGUUCUUGCAUCCACUUCACUGUUAGUAGAGGUAAUAGUUGUUAAUGUCUCGUAA